AUGUAAAUCAACAAACAAGAAACAAGUUUGUUUUAGUUUAGUACUAAACCUGACUUGACGCAAAGCUGUCGUUUUAUUGAAUUAAAAAAAAAUAGUUUCUUUUACAAGAUUUUAUUAUGGCUUUGGAUAAUUUAAGCGAAAGAGAUCGAGCAAUUUUAAGGAGUAUAUUCGAUCCAACUGCGACCAUCGGAGACGUGGCCGACGAUGGAGAUACGUUUGCCGAAGAAGACGAAGAUUCUUCAGAAAUUUAUCUAAAGGCAAAGGAGUUAUGCGCAAAAGGUGUAAAGUUAGCUGAGGGAGGACAAUCUGAAGCUGCUCUAAAGCUCUUCAAUGAAAGUAUCGAGCUAGCACCGGAUCGCGCUGCAGGCUACAACGAUAGAGCGCAAUUGUACCGGCUUUUAGAAAGGGAUGAUGAGGCACUACAUGAUUUGCAACGGGCGUUAGAAAUAACCGAAGGUAAGAAGACUCGAGCCCGGGCGUUGACAUUAUGUCAGCAAGGAGUUUUACUCAGGAAGAAAGGAUCUGACGAUGAAGCUAAGAAGGUCUUUGAAGAAGCCGCAAAACUUGGUAGUGGUUUUGCUAAGAAACAGGUUGUUGAAUUGAAUCCCUAUGCAGCUCUCUGUAACCAGAUGCUAAGUCAAGUUAUGAGAGGCGAAAAGGAAAUCAAAUUAUAAAUCCAUUAAGUAUAUUAUUAUGGUAAAUUGUACUUCAGUGCACGUUUUGCUCAAACAGAUAAUUUUUUGUAAGAUUCUCAAGGUAAGUAAUGUCUCUGUUUAAAUAAACCAAAAAAGUUUUACUUGCAUUUUAUUAUUUUUGUAUUUCAUUCACGAGGACAAAUAAAACACAGAGAAAGUAAUGGAUUAGAAAUUUAUAUUGCUGAAUACAAUCAAAGUUCACAGGAACAUUCCGUACAACACUACAUAACCAUCCUCCACAGAAUACACUGUGAUUUCCACACUAAAUGUUGCCAGCGCUUCGAUUGAAAAGUGACAAUUACAUAUUGAAAAAUGAGAAAAAAUUUAAAAACUACUGAUCGAAUACUGUUCGCUACACUAUUAAUAUAUUAAUAAGAAUAAUGCAAUAAAAAUUCAUAAAUCAGU